AUGCAGAAUGAUGCAGAACUCAACAAGGAUUAUGAUCUCACAACCCCGAUCGCCUCCACUUCGGGACUUCGCCAGGGUCUAACCUCUUAUGGAGAUGCGCACUUCUCUCUAUUCCUUCGGAAAGUGUUUAUCAAGGCACUUGGUUAUUCCGAAGAUGCUUUAUCACGACCAAUUGUGGGAAUAAUCAACACUUUCUCCGGUUACAACCCCUGUCAUGCCAAUGUGCCGCAGCUCAUCGAGGCUGCGAAGCGCGGCGUGCAGCUCAAUGGAGGACUGGCUAUAGAGUUUCCUACCAUCAGUGUCGCUGAAUCUUUCUCGUCUCCAACUAGCAUGUUUUUGAGAAACCUUAUGAGCAUGGAUACGGAGGAGAUGAUUCGAGCUCAGCCAUUGGACGCGUGCAUCAUGAUUGGAGGAUGUGAUAAGACUGUUCCAGCACAGCUCAUGGGUGGUAUAUCUGCCAACAAGCCCGUUCUCCCUUUGAUCACCGGUCCCAUGAUGCCAGGGAGUCACCGCGGCCAGCGUAUUGGUGCUUGUACUGACUGCCGAAACAAUUGGGCAGCGUUCAGAGCAGGCGAGAUAGAUGUCGAAGAGAUCUCAGCAGUCAAUGAAGAGCUUGCACCGACGAUCGGGACAUGUGGUGUCAUGGGCACCGCUAGUACAAUGGCAUGCGUCACUGCAGCUCUAGGUAUGAUGCCACUCAAGGGUGCAUCUGCACCGGCAGUAUCAUCAGCAAGACUGCGAAUUGCAGAGGAGACAGGCGCAAAUGCAGUUGCGAUCGCCAAAUCCCAAAGAAAGCCACAGACGAUCUUGGCGAAGGAAUCCUUUUGGAAUGCUAUCACAGUUCUUCAGGCCAUCGGUGGCUCAACGAAUGCAGUGGUCCAUUUAUUAGCCAUUGCCAAUCGGCAUCCAGAGCUUCAGGGAGUAAUCACUCUGGACACUUUUGAGGAGAUCGGACGCAAAACUCCACUGCUGGUUGAUCUCAAACCGAGUGGGGAUAACUAUAUGAACGAUUUUCACAAUGCAGGAGGCAUGGUGGCGCUUUUGCAAGUGCUCAGGCCUUUACUUCAUUUAUCUGCCACGACAAUCACCGGGCAAACAUUGGGCGAGGUCUUGGACGCAUCUCAGUCCAAGCAAAUCUCCUUUGCACAGCACAUCAUUCGGCCAUUGUCCGAUCCCCUAUAUCCCUCGUCUUCUUUGGUUGUCCUUCGUGGCAACCUUGCCCCAGAUGGAGCGGUUAUUAAAGCCUCAGCCUCUAAGUAUAGACAUCUACUGUCUCAUACUGGACCAGCUUUAGUAUUUGAGAAUUCAGCCGACUUAGCCAAGCGUAUCGAUGAUCCUAACCUCGGCGUUACGAAGGAUAGCGUGCUUGUCCUGAAGAACAUUGGUCCAGUUGGCAAUCCUGGUAUGCCCGAGGCUGGUCUCAUACCCAUACCAAAGAAGCUAGGAAAAGCAGGAGUUAAAGACAUGCUGCGCCUGUCUGAUGGUCGAAUGUCAGGAACUGCGGGUGGUACCAUCAUUCUUCAUAUCUCGCCGGAAGCUGCGCUGCCAGAGUCCCCGUUUGGUGCCGUGGAGACCGGGGACUUGAUCAUCUGCGAUAUCGAGACUCGCACACUGAAAUUGGAUGUCCCUGAUUCAGUAUUGCAGGCUCGUAUUGAAAACCGCCGACAGGUCCUUGCAGGAGAUGUGCAGACACGAAAGCAGCGGAGAGGAUACCGGGGGUUGUAUGAGCGGUCGGUGAACCAAGCUCAGGAGGGAGCAGAUUUUGAUUUCUUGACCGCUGGGGGUGCCAAUUAG